AUGGUCGCAGAUGCCAGCGGGAAGUCUUCCCCGCUGAUCUCUCUUUGCGCUGGUGGCACUGCCGGCGGUGUCGAGGCUUUCUGCACAUACCCAUUUGAGUUCGCAAAGACCCGUGUACAGUUAUACGGACAUGGCUCGAGUAGAAAUCCGUUCCGCAUCGUCGGUCAGGUAGUCAAGGAAGAAGGCUUGUCGGCGUUGUAUAAGGGAUGCUCGACCAUGAUCGUGGGCUCGAUUGGCAAAGACGCCAUUCGAUUCGUAGCGUUUGACAGCAUACGCAAGAUAUUUGAGGAUCCGGAGACGCAUACCUUGGGGCCCGCUCAGUCCAUCAUGUCCGGCAUGGUCGCCGGCGUCGUCUCAUCUACAGCCAUCGUAACGCCCACCGAGCGUAUAAAGACGGCGCUCAUAGACGAUGCAAAGACGUUACAGCGCUUUCGGUCGCCAUGGCAUUGUGUCGCUACCUUGGCACAAGAACAAGGCCUGCGCCGUGCCCUGUACGCCGGCUACGUGACCACAACCCUCAAGCAGAUUGGGACCACGGGUUUCCGCCUAGGCUCAUACUCCAUCAUCAAGGACUGGGAGCGCUCUCGUGGAUACAAUGUUGACGGGCCCUUGGCGAGCUUUGCCAACGGAGCCGCUGCCGGUACCAUCACGACGCUGGCCACUCAGCCAUUCGACACGGUGAAGACGAAGGCGCAGCAGGCCAAAGCCGUUGGCACCAUGGACGCCGUCCGCAUUAUCAUGGCGGAGGACGGCUUCUUCAAAGGAUUCUGGCGGGGUACUGUCAUGCGACUGGGCAGGACUGUGAUGGCUGGUGGUAUCUUGUUUACUGCUAAUGAGCAGGCUGCCAAAAUGCUCAGGGCCUUGUUAGGUCCACAAUAUCAGUAG